AUGCCUCCUCAUCCCCGAGCUACAUCUAGCCCCAAAAGGAUGAAGGCAAAGUGCAAAGUUGCGGAAUCUGGUAUCCCAGCGCUCACUGGGCAAGGAAAGAAGGUGCGGACAGCAGAUGAAGUUGGUUUGGUGUCGCUGCAGCUAUCUUCCGAUGUCAAUGCUCUCCCCAUUCGUCGUUCUGGUCAUCCUGGUGCAGGUACAGGAGGAAGGAAUGCUCAACUAGAGAAAGUUGGCGCAGCUCUGCAUACCCUCUUGCUCCAGAAUCACGUCGAAAGGGCCGUGGCAGCCGUCCAUAGCGUCUCAAACGGUAUGGGCUCUACCAUCACGAGUUCCUGUCAGAAGGGGAAAAAAGCCAAGACAUCUUCUGUCCCUGACCCGCAAGCCGAACUGGACAUCACCCGCAGCGAGUCAAGCUAUCAAUCAUUGCAACCAGGUUUAUCACUUUGUGAAAUGGGCAGACACUUCGGAUUUCAAAUGCCUCAAGGCAGCCCACCAAUCGUGCCACCUGGAACAGAGCCAGAUCUGCAAGCGCUUAACAAUUCUUAUGUAGUGAUCAUGAUGGCCAAGAAAGACGCUAAGUAUCGUGCCUGCAGCGCUGUUCAAAGCCUUGCUGGAGGCCAUCAGUCUUCUUCUAGCUCUGGUGAAAGUGGCACAGGUGACAAAGACAAUGACUAUUCUACUGACAGUGAUAAUGCUGGUGAAAGGGAGUUUGGUUGGGCUGAGGUUGGUUUUUCUCGGGAACCAGAACCUUCCCCGGUCCAUGUUACUUCCACUCUUGCUCCUGACUUCGACUUUCAAUACUCCCGCGACGAAGAUGACAUGAACACCAAGCAAACAUUAGCUUUUGACAAACCAUCAAGUAAUGAGAUUGCCUCAGAGGGUGCUCGACGUGUCCCCGAAGUCUCUGAACUUGAACUCGGUGGUUCUCAGGAACCUGACGGCUCUCAGUGGGAUACAGCCGGUAAACAAUUUGAACCUGUGCAUGUGUAUCUGACCCAAGUACCAGAUUAUUGGCCUAUUCACAAGCCCGAUAUGGCGAAACUCUUAUAUGAAGAUCUCUCGACUUGGCGCUCUGAGCUCAAGAAGAAUGUCACUGUGAUUGCCUCAAUCAUGCCUGGCCUCGUCCCCCCGUCAAAUAUCCCACCUCAAGAACGUGCUUCAUGGGUGGAAGGUGCGGCUACUGAGUUAAAGGUGGGCUCAAAGUUUCUACGCGACGGUAUGGACGAACAGGGAAAAACACGAAACUUUGCCAACCCUGCGCUCUGCGACGCUGUCAUCAUGUUCAUGUACACUGGACCGUAUAGAAUCGCUCGAAGACAUCCAGACAUUUUCAGCAAGCAGUUGCCUUUGUCAUGCUUGGCUUUGGUCUCUGCUGUGUUCGUUUGCGUUCUCAACAGCCUCGCAAAAAAUGGAAAUGGCAAAUCAUCCCUGAAAUUCACCACCAAGGAAUAUCGCCCAACCUACACAUCUGCGCUAAAGUUGCUCCAAAACAUCAUGGAACAUCCUUAUCAUGGUCCCAAGUUGGUCGAGCAGCUCCAAUCAUGGGCUGAGGCUGGAUGGCAAGGAUAUGCUCUCGUUUCUAACAAGUCUAGCACGCUAACUGUAUUCAUGCAGGGCAGCAUCUUGCAAAGUUGA